AUGUCUUACAAUGUUUACAAUACUAAUAUGGCUGAUUGCUUAAAUAAACUUAGAGUAUAUGAUCUUAAUCAAUUAUGUAGAAAAUUUUUACUACCUCAGCAUGGUAAAAAAGUUGCCAUAGUAGAACGAAUUUUAGAAUAUAUAACAGAUGUUGAAAGAGAAGAACAAAUAUAUGAAUUUAUUUUAGAAACUAGGCCAUCCAUAUUUGAAUUAAUAAAUGGAAGAACUAAUACUAAUACUACUAUAACUACUACUACUACUAAUAAUAAUAAUAAUAAUAAUUUCACUUACUCAAACAAUGAAACCUUUUCAUUAAAAAAAAACUCUUCAUCAAAUAUAAGAAAGGGAAAAGUGAAAAUAUAUCAAGAAGAUAAUGAUUUUUCUUCCUGUGUUUGUGGAGGGAUGAUAAGAAACAUCAGUAAUAAAAAUUGUGUAGUAAAAUGUAUUGAAUGCAAUAAAUUGCAGCAUGUUAGUUGUUACUUACAAAAUUCUUAUAUAAAUAAAGAUUUAGAAAACUACAAAAUAUUAUGUGUAGUUUGCCGUCUAAGGGAUAUUGAUCCUUUUUAUCCUUUGAAAAAAGUGUUAUGGAUGAAAAAUUUAAAUGUCAAUUCAGAAAAAUUAAUAGUUAAUGCUGGUGAUAUUAAACAUUGGAAAAAUGAAAACAAAGAAGUUAUCAUAUUUUGUAUAAAUAUUGAUAAACAAAAUUUAAGUAAUGUACCAUUAAAACAGGAGUGGCCUAAAACUUUUAUUUUAAAAGUUAAUGGAAAUAUAAUAGAAAAAAUAUAUGAACCUUCAUGGGAACAUAAGAGAAGAGAUAAUCCUUUAAAAAUUACCCAUACAUUAAAAGCAGGAAAUAAUAAUAUAGAUAUAAAUAUUACUAAUUAUGAUAUUCCUAAAUUAUAUGUAGUUGCAUUUUUAUUAUGCAAAAUUGAAACAGAAAAAAAUAUAAUUGAAAAUGUUAUAUUAAAAAGUUCCUUAAAUUUUAAGGAUGCAAAACAAAGAAUAGUAAAUAUUUUAUCUACAAAACAUGAUGAUGAUGAAGUUAUGUGUAUGGAAAUUAAUAGAAAAGUUAGUUUAAAUUGCCCUUUUUCUUUAGAUAGAAUUUUAAUUCCAUGUAGGGGUAUCAAAUGUUGUCAUAUACAAUGUUUUGAUUUAAAAUCAUUCAUCGAUGUAACUAAAAAAACAAAAGCUUUUAAUAAUAGAUGGAAAUGCCCUAUUUGUUCCUUAUAUUUACGACCUAAAGAUUUAGUUAUUGAUACAUUUAUUACGUAUGUUUUAUCUCAAGUCCCUAAAGACAUUAAAGAAAUUGAAUUAAGUAAAAAUGGAGAAAUAAUUUUAAAUCAAGGAAAUUAUGUUGAAGAAAAAAAUAUUAAACAAUUAGAUGAUAUUGAAUCUUUUAAUAUUAAUAAAAACAAAAUAGAAGUAAAAACAGAAUAUAAUAUAGUAGAUAAUUGUACAAUGUGUAAGGGAACUAAAGAUAAUUUUUACAAUACAAAUGAAAUCAUUGUUUUAGAUUCUGAUCAAGAAAACAAUAAUUACAAUGUAUAUGAAAAAUAUACCACAGAAAAAAGUCAUAUCAUACAAGGAGACCAAGAAGUUAUAUAUAUAUCAGAUAGUGAUGAGGAUGAUAACUGUGAAUGCAAUGCUUAUAAUAAUGACAGUAAAAUAAAUGAAAAGAAUUCUUCGUUUUUAAUUGGAAUGAAGAAUUAUGAAAAUAAUAAAAAUGUAAAUGAAUUUAUAAUAAGAAAUAUUAAUGAUUUAGGUAAGAAAAAUACUAUUUCUAAUUCUCAAAUAUUUUUUAAUGAUAUGGUUUCAGACGUUUUAAAUGAUUUUAAUAAAAUUCAUAUAAAGACAAAUUCAUCUAUCAUUAAUGAUUAUCAAAACAUUAAAAAAAAAAGAGUGAUGGAAAUUAAUAAUAAUAAUAUUUAUAAUGAUUCUGUUAUUGGUUUUUAUGAUAAAACACAUAACUUAUCUAAAGAUCUUCUUUAUUAUCUAAAUUCUGACAUAAAUCCUUUGGGAGUUAAGCCAAUUAAUGAUUAUAUAGAUUACUGUAAAGCUUUAGAUGAAAAUAAAAUAAUUUUAUAUGAUAAUGUUAAAAAGAAAAACUCUGACAUUUAUAACAAUGAAGAGAACAACAAUUUAAUUUCAUUUAAUAAAGAUAAUCAGCAAACAUUUUCAUUUAACCCUUUAAAAAAGAAAGAAAAAAAAAUUUCAAUAAUUGAAAAUACUAAAGAACCUUUUAAUGAAGAAGAAACUUCUAUGAAUAAUAAAAUUAUUAUUAAUGAUAACAAAAAUUUUUAUUUAAAAUAUGAAGAAUAUUCUUCUUUAAAUGAGAAUAACAAAGACAAAUUAUUAAAUGUAGAAACAGCAAAUUACAAUAAUUAUGAAGUAAAUGAAGGAUUAAAUAAUCAACCUAAAGAUUUAUUUUGUGAUAAAAAUGAUAAAAAUAGUAACAAAAAUUAUAAGAAAACGAUUAGCUUUUCAAGUAAAAAAAGAAAAUAUGAUACUAUUCAUAACAAUUUUAACUAUUCAAUGAUAAAAUACAAAAAUGGGAACAACAAAAAUAAGCAUGUAGCUGAAAUUAAAAAAAAUAAACAUAAAAAAAAUAAUUACAAGGAAAAAUUUGACAAGAAUAAUAACAAUGAACAACAUAAUAAAAUCUAUAACCAAAAUUAUAAUAAAGAAAAUAAAAAUAACAAAAAUAAUAAUAAAAAUAAUUCCAAUGAUAUUGGUAAUGAUUAUAUGAAUUGUCAAAGAGAUAACCAUAGAGGAGAUGAUGAUUAUAAUAAUAAUAAUAAGAAUAAUAAUAAUGUUGAUUAUAAUAAUAAUAAUGAUAAUAAUAAUAAUAUUAAUAAUAAUAAUAAUGAUAAUAAUAAUUAUGACAAUGAUAAUAACGAUCACAUCAUUAUGGAUAAUAAUGGCAAUAAUAAUAAUAAUAAUAGUAAUGAUGAUGAUAAUAAUAAUAUUAAUAAUAAUAAUAAUAAUAAUGAUAAUAAUUAUAAUAAUCAUAUUAAAAAUGAUAUUAAUAAUAAUGCUAACAUUAAUAUGAAUGAUAAAAACAAUGAUAAUAACGAUCAUAUCAAUAUGGAUAAUAAUGGCAAUAAUAAUAAUAAUGACUAUGAUGAUGAUAAUAAUAAUGAUGAUGAUGAUGAUAAUAAUAAUAAUAAUAAUGAUGAUGAUAAUAAUAAUAAUGAUGAUGAUAAUAAUAAUAAUGAUGAUGAUAAUAGUAAUAAUGAUGAUGAUAAUAAUAAUAAUAAUGAUGACGAUAAUAAUAAUAAUAAUAAUGAUGAUAAUAGUAAUAAUGAUGAUGAUAAUAAUAAUAAUAAUGACAAUAAUAAUAAUAAUAGUAAUGAUGGCGAUAAUAAUAAUAAUGAUAAUAAUAAUCAUAGUAAAAAUGAUGAUGAUCAUAAUAAUAAUGAUAAUAAUAAUAAUAGUAAUGAUAAUAAUAGUAAUGAUAAUAAUAAUAAUGAUAAUAAUAAUCAUAGUAAAAAUGAUAAUAAUAAUAAUAAUGAUUAUAAUAAUAAUAAUGAUGAUGAUAAUAAUAAUAAUAAUUGCAUUAAAGAACAAACAAAACAAAUAUAUCAAUCAUUAAAUGUUUACAAAAAAAAAAAUCAUGUAUAUAAUAUGAAAAAGGAUACUUAUAUAAAUUUAAAUCAAAUGGAUUUUUUAGAUUAUGGGAGAGAAGAAAGAAAUAAAAAUAUAAAAGAAAAAUUUCACGAAAAAGUAGAAAGUAGAUAUAAAGAAGAAAUAGAGGAAGAAAUUGAUGAACAAAUGAAAAUUAAUGAGAAUGUUCAAAUUAAAAAUAACAAGCAAAUGGAGAAUAAAAUAAGUAAUAUAAAAGAAACAAAAACAAAUGAAAAAGUAGAGGAAAAAACUAAUGAACAAAAUAAAUAUAACUCAACGAAAAUUUUUAAAAAUUACAAUAAUUUAUCAAUUGAAAUAUUAGAAAAUAUAAAAAAUAUGCAUAACAAAGUGGAGUCAGGAAAUAGUGAAAAUAAUUCAGUUAGUUCAAAAAGUUUCGAUGUUAAUGAUAAAUUUUGUUAUGAUUUAUUUAAAUUAAAGAAAAAAAUGAAAAUUUAUGAUUCACAAUUAAGUGAUUUAAAGCUAAGUGAAUUGGAGUUAAUCAAAAAAAAUUCCUAUUUUAUAUCAUCCAGUGAUUUAUUUCACAAAAAAAUGAAUAAGGAUUAUAAAAAUAACAUAUUUAAAGGAAAAUGUAACAUAAAUGGUAAUCAUGAAAUUUUAAAUAAAAUUAAAAUUGAUAAUUUUGUAAAUAGCUUAAAAGAAUUAUAUAAUUUGGAUGAUCAAAAUAUAUUUUUUAAUGGAAAUUAUGAUGGCCUCCCAUCAUCUAUUUAUAUGAACAUGGAUGCCAAUAAUUUAAAUGAAUAUAAUAAGGAAAGUGUAAUUACCAACAGUAUAAAUAAUGAAAGCACUGAUACUAAUAUAUGUAUAGAUAAUACUAAUAAAUAUGAGGAUUCUAAUAGUACAAAAGAAAAAAAAGAAUUUAUUAGUAAUAUUAACAUAUUAAAUGAUGAAUCUUUAUUAUUAGAAAAAGAUAAAAAAUUUAAUAUAUUUUUAAUAGAGCAAAAAAAUAUGAAUAAUAGAAGGAUAUAUCACAAUGAUGAAACUCUAUUAACUUUAAGUGAUUUUAAUAACACAAAUGAUAAUUUAUGUGAGCAAAAGAACAUUUCUGAUAUGUGUGAUUUUAAUAUGUUAGGUAAUUGCUAUUCUAAUACUUCAACAGAUACAAGUUUUUUUGAUUGCAAAAGUUCUAAUUCGGAAUGCAAUAAUGUUCUAGUUAACAACACAUUAAAAAACCCAAACAUAUUUGAUAAAAAUAUAGAAAAAUUUAAAAAUAAUUCAAACAUAGUUAAUUGUGAUUAUAUUAAUAAAAGUCCACAAUUUUUUAAAUUUAAAAAUAUAGAAAAUAAAUUACCAGAAGAAUUAUUUAACGAUAAAUUUUUUACUGAAUCUUUCAUUAAAUUUUCUGGAAACAAAAAAGUUUGA